CUAAGAUAGUGGCCUACAGGCGUUAGUUAUGAUUGGUGGGAUCAUAACGGCAGUGUGAAGCCCAGAUAUAUUACAUAACCGGCUAACCCCCAGCAACCAUGACCGGAUACAGAGGCUGAGGCAAGAGUUUCAGCAGGCCCAGAACGUCCCGGAUGACCCAGAUGAUCGCAGGAGGACCUACAGCUUCGAGCAGCCCUGGUCAAACACCAGCAGCAACGGUCCGGGCGGGUACAGCCAGCCAGGUCGUCACUCGGUGUCGGUCGAGGUGCAGAUGCAAAGACAGAGGCAGGAGGAGAGAGACUCGUUCACCCAGGCACAGCGACAGUACAGCUCCCUGCCACGGCAACCUAGGAAGAACCCUAGCACCAUCUCCCAAGACUCUUGGGAAAAGGCAUACCCACCUGGAGAAGGUUUCCAGACUGCUAAGGACAACCCCAGGUACUCCAGCUACCAGGGCUCCAGGAACGGCUAUCCAGGCGGAGGUGGCGUCAACGCCAGAGUCCUUCUGGAGGCCCAGGAGCUCUUGAGGCAGGAGCAGAGACGCAGAGAGCAGGAAGCCAAAGGGAAGUUAAUGCAGGAAAGCGCCGCUAACAGCAGCUACGAGGGCUACACAGCGCACCUGAAAGACCCCGCGUCUCCUAAAGGCCCAUACCGACACGAUGUGCCACCUUCACCGUCGCAGUUAGCGAGGCUUAAUAGGUUGGGAUCUGAGAAAGGAAGACUUUUUUAUUCUUGAAGACUGUUAUUGGGCUGAUUGAUGAGGAGCUGAACAAAAAGAUUAGAGCCAAGGGAAUUAUUCUGAAGAAAGAAGAGUGGACACUAUGAAUCUUGACAGGGGACAACCUAGAGGUCCUAUAGCUUAGCAAUGAUCUUAAAGGCAAACAGUUGUGAAGUGUACUCAGUAUGUGGGUGUUUGUGUUCAGUCCACCGCUGUGAGGAUGACCUAUACUAGUCAGUCAUUCACUCACCCUCCCACAAACAGUGCCUUCUCUGCAUUCACGAACACGAAGCUUGUUCACAGUCGUCCAGGACUCUGAUUCAUCGAGAUCUGGCAUCGUCGUGUACUGACAAUCAAAUGGGCAGACAGGCAAGUGAGUGGGCGCUUUUUUGUGCCCACGGGGAGGCGUAAGUUUCUGUGUGGGUUUGGUAUGUGGGCAUGUGACAAGGUACAUGUUUCACUAUCAAGAAUGUGUCCCGUGGAUGACUCUCCCCACCUGUCACACUCGGCCCCGACAGAUGCUGCCGGUGUUUAUCAGCAUUCUGUUUUCUCUACUUUUAGUCUUCUCUCCACAGCAAUACAGCUCUCACAGUACUCCACAGGGAGCACAGAAAACAAGGCAAAGUGUGUGAAAGAAAGCAGGGCACAGUGAGUGUGUGUUAUUAAUAAAAAAGACCCCUCAUAAAUGAUUCAUAUUUUGUGUUAUCUCCGUGGAGGAGACUCAGGCAGAGAGGGUAGACAGCUCUGAUCCUCUGCCUGGCCCCUCUGCAUGGCUCUGGGCUUGACUCGCUGGCCCGCCUGCCUGUCUGUCUGGAGCCUUCAUCCUCUCUGUGUUGUUCUCAUCUUCUCUCUGUUCAUUAUGCUCCUUUUUUUUUCCUACCUCAACACCUUUAUCCUCCGCUGCCCUGCUCUCCCUUCGUUGCGCAUCUCACACCUUCCCUUCCCCUUACUCUUCCUCCUGCUACACACUGCCACCCUCCUCCUCCUCCUCCUCGUCUCCCGAGUCAGGCUCUGCACUGCAUUUUUCAUCACAAGCCACCUGCUGCCUGCCAGAGCCAAAGAACGCUGCCACCAGAGGCAUCGACAGAGGGCCCGGCUUCUGACAUAAAGAGUGGAAUAAAAGCCAAAAAAAAAGAGACAGAAUAAAGAUGGGUAGAGAGACAACGAGCCUCGGAGUGUGAGAUUAGCUGGAGCUUAUUCCUGGUUUUAACAAAAGGCAAAACUGUCCUCGGGUGUUAAUUGCUUUCAAUUGCUAUAAUUGCUUUUUGUAUUUUUGCAGUUGUUAGCAUUUAACCAGCACUGUUCUCCAGAAUAAUUUAAAAAGAGGCGACAGGUAAGGGGGCUAUCUUACUUUUAUUAAAAAAAAAGAAGCAUCACUCAGUUAAUAAACUGAAUGCCAAAGCCUUUUAAAGGAAGAACAAACUGAUAAAGCAGCAUAUUUACUGGCAGGUCAUUUUGCAGCGUCUAGUUCUGCUACCGUAUUACAAUGAAGGUGAAUGAAAUAUGACUUGAAAUUGUUCUUUCCAUACAAGUAGUUCAGAAAGAAACAGUGUGUUAGGGUUGGUUCAUCCUGAAAUAUUUCCCAUUAAUAUGGUAAUCCUAAGUUUGUGCUCUCCAGCUUCACCUCUCUCUGUGCAGCUUGCCUAAAUGUGGAAUCAUUCCACAGCCUCACAUGUAAACAAACAGGCAUUCAUUAAUCAUUAUGCAAGGUGAGUGGGUCACCUGGCAAGUCGCCCUGGAUGGAGUUCCCAAAAGUUGGCAAAAUGGUUUUUCCAGGCAGCAGAGGUGUUGUGUGAGGGGUUUAAGCAGCAGCCUUGUCACAGCAGAAAACGCCACAGCGAACUUCAGGCUGGAAAUUUCAGCAGGCUGGAAUAAUGCUAACACCUGUCAGUAACAACAGCGCUGCGGUUGCUUUUGCUCACUGUCCUCAAACAGGCUUUUCUCCCACUGGCUCCGCUUAAACUCGAAGGACAGCUGUUAUGAAAAUGGAAAAAGAUGCAUACAGAUUUUCUUUGGCCCUCUUGUGAACUUGUUUCACACAAUGCUUUAGUGCUGCUGCGACUGAGCUGAGAAGGAUUUGGGUUUUUUUUUUUUUUUUUUUUGCCUUGGUCUCAAUUAAAUAAGGAAACAGAAGUAUAAAACAAACCUGGACAAAUUAAAUGAGAAAUAUAUACGUGACUAGAUAAAAUUUCCAUUCCAGUCGAACUCUGCGGCCACUGAUUAGAAACUUUUUCAUGAGGCACUAAUCAGUGAAGCCAGCUGUUGUAGGUGUACUGGAAAGAACACCUUGGGCAUUGAUGACACAUGCUUAAAAAAAAAAAAAAAAAAUUACUGCCACCAGCCCACUGUUAUAAUUACUGCCGUAGGUGGCAACCUCUUACUCCGUGCUCGUCUUUCUUUGACAGCACUGUUUGUGAUGAGAUUGCGUCUGCCUGCAAGCAAACAAAUUAAACGGGGCAGAGGUCAAACUUUAAACAAAAGGGAAACACAGAAAAAGCUAUGGAAAACAAACAGGCAGUGCAUAAUCACCCUUCACUCCCACACCAUCUCUAUAUGCAGAGUGAAGCAGCGUGACAUACAUUAUCUCCUGCUGUUUAAUGAAGACCCUUGCUGGGAAAGACACAGGCCUAGUAAGGGUAAUAAAUGAGAUGAAGAAAAGCAUAAACCUUUAGUGGCAUUAUUCCAGUGUGUAAACUUUUAUUUUAUCCUUAGGAAAGCUAACAAUAUCGGUCAGCGCGCGUAUUUAUGUGUGCAGGGGUGUAACGGCAGAAACGGACUUGGGCCUCUCUCCCAGUUUGAAGGUUUUUAAACCGACCCGAGAAUGAAGCUGAUGAAAAACUGUUACCAAAUAAAGACGCAAGCUGUGCAGGUGAGAGACAAAGGGUUCUCCGUUGUGAGCAUUAUUUUAGUACGUGUCGGGCUCCUGCUGUGAACGCAAAUUGCAGACACGCACAUUUAGAAGGACGUAUUUGACCUGUGCUCUAAAAUCAAUGGAUUUUAAUGUUCAGCUGUCCUGUUACGGCGUCUGAUAUCGAUAAGUGCCUGAGAUGAUAUCACAAAAUGUUACACGGAGGUGGUUAUGAUGUGAUUUUUCUGUCAGUGACACUGCAGCACACAAAUCAGUGUUUUGUUUUGUUUUUAACCAUUUUAAAUUCAUAAAGGGUACACUUUCCUCAACAUUUUUCUUAUUACUAUUUGCGAGAGCCAAUACAGUUAUCAUUGUAUUUGUACUCUUGAUAUGCCUUCAACUAUACUGCACCAUGAUGUGUUUUUAAAGUAUCUAAAAAAGAAAUGGAAGUUAUUAGAUGCUGAUGUGCAAUGGUUUUGUUUUUUGUUUUCCAGAAAACUUUUACAUGAUCUAAAUGUAUACAGCCACUUCUUCCUGUACAUAUCAAAUUUUAGAAUAAAACAGAAGGCUGUUCCAUCCUG